UGAAGAAGAAAAAAAAGAACGUAUGUAUAUUGCGAUUCAUGCAAUACACAUCUUGCUCGACUCUAUUUAUUUUAAAAUGUUUCUUGCCUUGCUUUAGUUCUCUUUGCUGGACACCUGGACCUCGUGAAUAAAAUGUUUCUUUUACCUCUUCAACCUGUAAUUCUAUGCCAUAUUUGAAAGUUAAUGGUCUAAGAUGUUUUUUUAAUCACAGGCUCCAACGGUAGGCACAUACCAAAAGUGCAUUUUGGACAUGGAUCAAUACUCACAGGAGAUCAACAAUGAUGAUGGUGCCACAAGUGGUGUUACCCCUGGAUCAUAUCCUCUAAACACAUUCCUACAGCCUGCAGCAUUGGAAUCAGUGCCUCUGUUGUCAGCCACCGCCGCCUUCCUUCCAGUUCCAGCUUCCCAAGGCGCUGCAGCCUACCCAGCCACCAUUCUGUCGUCGUUCUCGAACCAGCAAUCGUCACAGACUAACGCUUUUGAAGCAGCUACAAAUGUUGCUGGUGGUACCCCUGCAGCAUUUGCCCUAACACCAUACAAUCACCAACCUGAAGCAUUGGCGUCAUUGCCUCCGUCGUCAUCAGCUGGCACCACCAGACUUCCAUCAGCUGCAGGCUCGAGCUCGUCCCAGGUUGCCGGUGCCGGUGCUGCCUACCAAGCUUCCAUCCCAGUGCCGCUGUCGAGCCAGCACCAGGCCGCGUUGUUCCAGAAGUUCCAGCAGCUCCAGCAGCACCAGCUGCAGUACCAGGAGCAGCAGCUCCAGGCUCUGUGGACGGGCCAGCUGGUCGAGGCCGAGCAGGCUACGGACCUCAAGGUCCACAACCUGCCCCUGGCGCGGAUCAAGAAGAUCAUGAAGGCCGACGAGGACGUCAAGAUGAUCGCCGGCGAGGUGCCCGUGCUCUUCGCCAAGGCCUGCGAGAUGUUCAUCCUGGAGCUCACGCUGCGGUCGUGGCUCCACGCCGAGGGGGCCAAGCGCCGGACGCUGCAGCGGAGCGACGUCGCCUCGGCGAUCAUCGCCAACGAGAUGUUUGAUUUCCUGAUGGAUGUCUCUCCGACGGAGGAGCAGAAUGGGAAUGGAGUUGCGCCGCCGCAGCAGACCGCAACCAUGCCGCCGGCGACCUUCCCGAUCCCCUUUCCGAUGUAUGCAAACCAGCAGCCUGUGACGUUCAUGUGGCCGCCGACGGAGUACCAGCAGCCGCAGCAGCGCCAACAACAGAAUUCUGAUGGUGGACAAGCCGAGUAAGAUCGAGAGCGGUAUGACUAGUUUCCUAGCGAGGUCAGAGGUUACUGGGUGUUUAGCCCUUGAGCUAGCUAGGGCGUUUAAUUUGGAUGGAACAUUUUGUAGAAUGGAUGGGUGCCCCUUUGAGCUUAUUUUGCUGCAUUUCCUGGGAGAUUUUAGGGAUGUGAACUGAAUUAGACCUUUAGG